AUGUCAAACUUGGAAUAUUUCUGGAAUGCCAUAACCGCAACCAUAGCACCCAAGCUAUUUCAGGCAGGCUAUGACUCAAUCUCAAAGGUGUUAAGUAAAACUCAGCAGUCUAAAAAUUUGGGUAUUGAGCAUGAUGCCAUAUUAUCUAUUGAAGACCUGGAAGCCGAAUUGGUUUAUUCCCCUGGGACAAUGACCUAUAUUGCUGGCAGGGUUCUGCAGCACUCAGUCCAUCACUGGAAUACAGGGGAACAUUAUGACAUUGCUCAUUUCAUGAAGGAUAAGGGGGUCAAGCAGCCAAAGAAAAGAUUGAGGCACAAAGUUGUGGGAGAGGAUAAUCUGGAAGGAAUGGGUCAGGGGGAGACAUCAGCAUCCUGUAGUCCACAGAAAAGAACAAAAUUCAAUCUUCAAGAACUGGGAGGAGUUCCAGAAGACUUGGACAGAGAGCUUGAGGGAGAUUUUAGUUUGAAAUUUGUCAGACGACAAACAAAAGUUGAAACAAAGACUCAGAAUAACUUCAUUGAAGAUUAUCUUAUCUUCUGUCAACUAUACUUGGACAUCAUCCUGGAGUCCAAAAGUAUCAUCAAUGGAGGAACCUUGGUGAGCAUGGAUGGUGCUGAACAUGUGUCCUCAAAGCCCACCAAUCAUUACCAUUUCAUAAGCUACAACAAUAGAAUGGAAAGUUCUUCAAGGACUUAUCGCUCUCAGAGCUUGGGUAUAUCUGGUAUAUGGGUCAUGGAGUACAUCUCAGUCCUCGAACCGCCUUCACCUUUGAUAUCCUGGACCAUUUUCUCAUUGAUGCCCUUGAAUGCAAGACAGUCUGCUAUGAGCUUCUUUCAAAAGCUUCGUAGGCUUACAAACAAUGCUUUCCCAGACUCUGUCCCAGAUCGUUACUGUGAAUUGAUGAGGGCGUCUCAACAAUGGAGGGAUUUAAUGAAUCGGAAACAAUUUGGUUUCGGGCAUGAUACUGAGGUAAACCCAGGGACUGGUGAUCUGGCUCUGUUUUGUGCAGCCUGUCCACAGCCUGGAAUCAAUAUGCCAGUUGACUGGCAGGACCAUUAUGAAAGGUCGUCUUGGAUUUGUAUCAUAAGGCUGGUGUCUGGUGAAUACUGGCCGGAUGCCUUCUACAUGCACACUAUAUGGUCUGGCCGAUAUUGGCUGCCUAUAAUCUGGCUAGUUAUGCAGAGAUAUGUAGUGGAUGGCAACUUCACCGCUCAACACAUCAAUAUGAAACAACCACACCUUGAUGUCACUCUAUCGGAUGGCCUAGGGUAUAUGGUAACAGACGCUGAUUACCAGGCUCAUUUAUCUUCAGCCAAGGAGACCAAGGAGCGGUCCUCUUGCAGCAAUCACCGUGCUGUUAAUGCAGCAAACACAAAUUGGAGUAAUCUUCGUGCAACCGGAGUGGCUGUGAUUGCUUGUGCACAUCAUGGAUGCUUUGUUCCUCACACUGUGGUGGAUUUUCAGAAGGGUGAACAUCAUAUGAAUGUCGACUACUCAAUCUGCAAUGCUAUAAAUUAUCAUUCCGAUAAUAUUGAAACCUCCUUGAUCAUCUAUGAUAUAGGGUGUGUUGGUAAAUUCCAUCUCAGCGCCCACAAACUUCCCUGCUUUGCAAGAUUUAGUCUUAACUUCAUUGAAGGAGCGGGACAAGUUGAUGGAGAAAUUAUGGAGACUCUUUGGGCACCUUUCAACAAAAUAUCACCCACUGCACAUUCAAUGAGUCAAUAUCAUCAACAAGAAAUAUUAGAUGAUCACAUGAGGGACUCGAACUGGAAAAAAAUGGUUGGAAUUGUUAGGAUGCUCUUAAAAAAACAUAAACGGGCUGUCAAGGGUAUCAAUGAUACCAAGCUUCCUUUUGACGAGCUUACACAUACUUUGGACCCUGAAAAAAUUGCUAUAUGGGAAAAUGAUGAGAAGAUGGCAAUGGAACUGUGGGGAGAUCAUCUUGAUAUUUAUCAAUUGAAGAUUGACAAAGCCCCUACAAUGGCCGAGAUCCAAUUAACAUUAACAGAAUCAGAGACUUCAGAUAUAGAAAGGCCUGGAUCUAUUCUUUGGAUCAUUCAAGGUAUUAAUCUAGAAGACUCCCAGUACAUUGUCUUCAUAUUUGAUGUUCGUCGGCUCCCACAUGAUGCCACUGCCACUCAGAAGGCUGCUCUUCAAGAGAAACGGCUGAAACUAGCUGUCCGAAUUACCAAAUUUCAUGAGAUUGCAGAUCAAAUGAUGGAGGGAGUAGAAUUGGAUUGGGGUACAGUCCAUGUUGAUGACCCUCGAUUUUGCAUGGCAGAAGCUGAUGAACAAGCUUGGGAGGUUUCAGAUGAAGACGAUUCAGAAUUGAUUGAUAAAGAAAUUCUGGCAGAAGAUAUGGUCAUCUGGAUGCUGUCAUCAUUGACUCAUGAAUGUGCUAAUGUGCUUGGUCUAGCCAAACUGCAGGAAGAAGAAUUAGCCUUGAGAAAAGGUCAAGCUAAUGAUUGUCUGGAAAAGAUCCGAUUGGCUCUUGGCCAGAAGGCUGUCAUAUAUCGUCAAUACUUUCAAAGUGCAGAUUCUGUUUGGACUGGCACAAGGUCAAAGCAGGAUGUUCAAAGGUGCAGCCUCAAAAUCGAGAAGUUGGUCAGAAGCUAUCAAAGGGUGAGAUCUGCGAUGGAAAGGCUUGGCAUGGAUCAACACAAUCUGGUAAAUAUUUAUCAAGAAAUAUUGCCAGAACAACUUACUGUCAACAAGGAUGUCAUUGAAGAGAAUAGAUUUGGACAAGGGUCUGACAAGCUGGCAUGGUUUUGGAGGGUUGACAGUGCUCAUAAGAGUCAACAACAUGCUUGGAUGGACGAAUUCUAUAGGGUUAACUGGCUAAAAGCAAAGGCGAGGUGGAGGAGGUGGGAAGAAGAGCUGACAUUAACAAGACAUGAAAUGCGGUGGACCAUAAGUUGGUUUCAUCAUCAGAAGAGCCAAUGGCUUUGGCAGUCCAUGGAGGCUAUGAAGUCUGGUCAUCAAGCCUAUGGCCACAGACAGGUGCUGUUGUGGCAAAUGUUUGCAGAGGAUGCAGAGGACAAGUUCAAGGAUCAUAAGUUGUAG